AAUGUCGCCGAGGUACGCUACGCUUUCAGAUGUGGAAAUCUCCGAAACAGAUUUCGAAGCUCGUCAACAUACACAAGAGGCGAUUAUAUAGCGAUACGAAAACCACAACCCAAGCUUAAUCAAAAUGGCGACACACAGAGCGGCCCUUCGCCCUAUGCGGACAUUUGUUGCCGUGAACAGGAAUUUCCACGCCUGCGCGGUGCGAUUUGUCUCCAACGAAAGAGCUAAUGCUACCGCGAAUGAGAACCACGAGCCAGCAUUAAGGCGGGAAAACGCAGUUAAAGCUGAGCUUGAAGUUGGAGAGAUUGAGGGUGGCAAGUUCAAAAUUGAGCCAUUGAGACGAACGGGAGAAGAUAUGAAUACGAUGAGAGCAAGGUUAUUAUACCAGAGCCGAAAGAGAGGAACUCUCGAGAGCGAUCUCCUUCUUUCCACCUUCGCAGACGCCAAUCUCGCCACGAUGACGCCGGCCCAACUACAACAGUACGAUCUAUUUCUGGAUGAGAAUGAUUGGGACAUUUAUUACUGGGCAACUCAAGAACCUCCCGAAACACCUGCGGAGCCUGCGCCCCAAGGCCUUGCAUACCCCGAGAAGGACGAGCAAAGGCCGCGGCCAUCUGGAGAAUGGGCUCAAACAGUGGGCACUUUUAAGCCUGCGUAUAGGCCUGUGCCUGCGAGAUGGAAAGAUUCAGAGAUCUUAUUAAUGCUGAGAAGACACGUCAAAGAAAAAAGCGCUGGCGGAGUACAGGAAGUCGAUGUUGCACCUGCUGUUGAAGGUCGAGCACUGAACCACAGUGUAAGGCGGAGCUCCGGCGGCGGGAUGGGUUUCAUGCCACCAGUUCGCAAUUUCGACGUGUAAUAUUGUGCAUUCUACAAGAGGUCUUGACUCCUAUGUACAAACUGUGUAUGAUAUGGAAGCUACGAAACGAGCCUGGAAGCCUUUGGCUUACCUGGUGUCUUCAAGAUGGGAUGCUCCUCCAAAAACUGAUGAACUUCUUGAGGCUGUGCGGCUUCGCUAUAAUGAAUAAAACCCCUCGUGUUUUAUAGCAACAAGAGAAAUCUGCAUCCAUGAUGAUGUAUUCAACACGGUGCAUGCCAAGCGGCUGCAACAACGAGACCUCUUUUGACUGAAUCAAAGAUUGUUUUGAC